UGCGAAAAGGAGCGCGCGCCCGACCCUCCUUUCGGGGCGGGCGCAGUCUUGCACAUAUACACAUAUCGUAUCCAGGUCGGGGGAGGCGGGGGGGGGGCGGCGAUGGCGGGGCUGCACCAGGCGCUGCUGCCGCCGCCCGCGGACGUGGACGCACGCAACGGCCGAGGCCCCGUGGCGGCCUGCGAGGAGGCCGGCGGCGGCGCGGGCGGCGCGGAGCGCGCGGCGGCCCAGGGCGACGCCGCGGCUUGCGCUGUGGGGAAGGAUGUGUACUUCGCGAGGCUUGCAGAGGAGGCCGAGCGCUACGACGAUAUGGCGGCCCACAUGGAGGCGGCGGGGAAAGCGGCGCACGAGCUUUCCCCCGAGGAGCGCCACCUCCUGUCCGUGGCCUACAAGAGCGCCGUGGGCUCGCGCCGCGCCGCGUGGCGCGUCCUGAAGUCCAAGGAGCGUGGCGACAGCGCCAGCUUUGCCAGGGAGUAUUGCGCCAAGGUUCGGGGGGGACACGGUGGCGGAUGUACCAGGAUCGUCGAUGUGCUUGAUGGGAGAUUGAUCCCGAAUGCACAGACCGGCGAGUCGAGGGUGUUCUACAAGAAGAUGAAGGCCGACUACUACCGCUACGUAGCGGAAUACACCCAGGGCGAUGCCAAGAGGAAGGCCGCACAGGCUUACGAGGAAGCUUUCAAGGCGGCGGAGAAUGCCCGCUCGACCGACGUGCCAGUGACGCACCCAAUCCGCCUCGGCCUGGCUCUAAACUACUCGGUGUUUCAGUACGAGGUUCUGUCGGACCCCGACGAGGCGUGCAAGACGGCGUGCACCGCUUUCGCGGACGCAGUGACCGAGUUUGAUAACGUCGUUGAAGAUCCGUACAAAGACAGUGCGACGAGCGAUGCAUUAACAGGACGCGGAAGAUCCGCGGAGCUGGACAGCGCCCUCAUCUUGCAGCUGCUGCGCGACAACCUGACGCUCUGGAGCUCGGACCAGGAGGACGAUGCACCCCCCGCUGGCACGCAGCCUUCUUCUCCGUCGUCCAGGCCGAGCCCUUCAACGAAUCAGGAGGUGCGAGACAUGUUGCUGAGGCAUUCGGAGCAGAUCCGGACCCUGGAGAGGGUGAUCGACGACCGGGGCUUGCGGCAGCAGUACAAGGUCUACGUGGACCGCUACACCGCGUGGCGGCAGGGGGACUCCACGGGGGCCCGGGGCGAGCUCACCGACGAGGGGUUGGAGAACGAGAAGAAUUUCGCCGCGAAUUUCACGGGCAUGUCCCUCAGAUGGGAGGAGUGGGUCUGGAGCCGCACGAUGUCGUACUGGAUCUCGGUGUCGUUCUUCGAGGGCUCGAUCUUCUUCUGCAUUAGCUCCUUCCUGUACAACAUGCAGGACACCCUGGGCCCAACCACCUACAAAGCCACAACGCUCUGGGGCUACAUCUAUGGGAAAGUCAACUUCCUCGUGUGCACUUACCUGAUGUGCCUGGAGACCAUCAACUUCAGUGCCAGCCACGGCGACGGCGCCUCCAGGGGUGAUGCGGGUGCCAUUCCACAGAAAGGCGAGGACAAAGAGUUUUAUUGGAACCCCUUCAGGCGCGAGACGGCGAUUGAAAGGCUGAAAAAAGCGGGGGCAUCCCCGCUGUCGUAUUACACGGCGCUCGUAUAUUUUGUCGGUGUGCUGUUUUUCAUUCUUGGCAUGUCGAUGGAGUUCUUGCCAGUGGGCCUCUUGCCGCACAUGCUCGAAGCCGCUGUGCUCAGGUGGUCCUUCAUCGUGGGCUCCCUCUGCUUCACAUUUGGUGGACUCAUCGAGUGCAAGCAGAAUUUCCAAGUCAUUGAGGCUGAGGCAAAGGGCUAUUCGCGUCUGGGCUUGAUAGUUGGAUCCAUCAACACGAUCGGGGGAGUUUGUUUUUUAGUUGGGUCUCUGACGCGCGCCGCUAGCUAUGGUCAUCUGUGUUUCGGCUUCGGAUCUGCGUUGUACACGGGCGCUUCGUUCAUUCAGAUUGUGAUGUGGAAGGACGAACAGUUUGGACUAUCGUUCCUCCCUUCCCGGAACAAGUUUUACAAACGUGCGCGUUGCCAGAUGGGGAAAAAAACGUCUGGCGACACACCAUCUUGGCGAGGUGUGUUGUUUAUAACCUUAUGUUGUUGGUGUGGCGCCAUGAGCGCAUACAAUUUCAGCAUUGAGAUGGCAAAGCAUUUCAGAUUGACGGUGCGCUCCGACCAGAUGUCAUUUGAAGAGCUCAUGCCGUUUUUAUAUUGUCAUGCGAUGUUGUUGCUGACUUCGGCCGUGGUCAGGGCUCCUGAGGGCCCACCGUACAGGCAACUGCUGAUAUUCAUGAGGGUCAUGUGCGUGGCCGUCACCGUGAACUCCACGAUCACGUGGGUGGAGUUCCUCACAGAGGACAUCCAGGAGUAGGGACGCAGAUGACCAGCCUGGAACAUAUCCGUGUCCUUAUGAUUGGCAUCACAUGAUCUUGAUGCUGGUGGUAAGGAUUCCCUGAGUAUCUGAAGGCGCAUCCCCAAGAUCCUCAUCGCCUUCGGGCCUGUCAAUCUCAGGGGUGGGGAUCGGAUCGGAUCGAGGCUGGUUAGCAGAUGCCACCCGCAGCGGAGCGGCCGCGGCACAGUGAAAGUGGCCUCUCCAGGCGCCCGUGCGGAGCCCUCCGUUCUCGCCUCGCGGGUGCGAGUCACGGUGGAGGCGGGAAGAGAACAAGUUGCAGCGCCGCGGGUGCAGGGCUCGUUUCUUAUUUCGAUCGCCGAUCCGACGGAUCGAUUCGGUUCUAAGCUCUCCUGAAGCGCAGCGCGUUCGGAAA